GUACAAAGAUGGUACAUAAGUAUAAAUGUAUAAUACAUUAAUGUAAUUGACAAUAUAAUAAAUAAUCGUCAAUAGGGGAAAGUAGUUCUUGUUGAAACAUUUAUAUCUUUCUUAAUAUGCGGGCGCUCGUACUUUUUCCAAUUUCUAUGUGACGCUAAAACUUCAAUAUACACAAAGGGCACAGUUUUAUCAGAAUAAAUACUUUGCAAACAUGCGUUUUUGCAGGAGAGAUGACAAUUGUCGCGCAAUGCCUAUGUAAAAUGAUCGAAUUUCGCUAAUUUAUAUCUCGGCAACCGUGUGGGUGAAAAUUUUUUAAAUAAUUUUAUAAAGUUCCUCGCAUUUGGCUCUGCGGUAUAAAAAAGUUUGGGAUCAAAAUAUAGUGUACAGCAUACGUGACGUAUUCCCUUAACAUUUGUACACGCGAAAACGUCGUAACGCCGCGCCUCGCGUCUGGCGGACGAGACGAAAAUUGGACAAACUCGAACGUUUCGCGCCGCGCCUCUGCCAAUCGCAGCCUCGACUGAUAGCGCUGGUACGGGCUGCUGCGGGAGUAGAUGUCAGCACGCGCGAGUUUCCCCCCUCGGUAACCCGCGGGUCGUCUGCAGAGCCGAGAGUCACGAGAGGGCCAAGAAGGAAGCCUCGUCGAAGCCUCGCAGCGCGGAUCGGAGUCGGUUGUUCCCUUCGUUCGUUCAUCGUGGGUGAGAAAUGGCGUCUCUGGCGGGUGUCCGGCUGCUGGCGAGGAACGCCGGCUGCCUCAGGAGCUCGCUCGAGCGGCUGGGCCGCGCGGGCGGCGCGCUCGUUCAGAUGCGGUGCGAGCAGAGGCUGCUGCAUCGCGCCGCGCGCCAAAUCGCGCCCGUCGUGCCGCAGGGCUUAAGGGACACACGCGUCAAGCAGGUGCGCCAGUACAGUCAUAAGGAUCCGCUGACCCUUGACAUAAUCAGUCAGCGGGUGCUGCUGGUUCUCAAACUUUAUGACAAAAUUAAUCCCACAAAGCUGAGCCUGGAGUCGCAUUUCAUGGAGGACCUGGGCCUGGACUCCCUCGACCACGUGGAGAUCAUAAUGGCGAUGGAGGACGAGUUUGGCUUCGAGAUCCCGGACAUGGACGCGGAGAGGCUACUGCGACCCAAGGACAUCGUGCGCUACGUCGCGGACAAGGAGGACAUAUACGAAUAACGCGCGUCUACGCGAUAUCAUUUGCGUUUAGUCAACAUCCGCCGUUGUCUGCCCCGACUGGGAGUGUAACGGAUCACAGCGUCUUGCUUUGCUGCCGCCAUUGUUUUUUCUGUAUAUAGGUCACUUGUCAUUUACGUGAAUAAAAACAUAAGCGAAUUGUUAA